AUGUCGAAGCCACAGGUCCUCAUUUGCGGUACCAUCGUCCAUGCUCACGACGAGCUCAAGAACGACUUGGGCUCGAUCGCAGAGAUCCUCCACCUCGACACCCCAUCUCGUGCCGAGUUCUUCCAAGCCUGCUCCUCCGGCGGCAAGUACGCCAACAUCACCGCCAUCUACCGACACAACGAUUCCGUCGACAAAGUCGGCUUCUUCGACGCUGAGCUCAUCAACGCCCUUCCCGAAUCCCUCAAAUCCAUCUGCCACAACGGAGCCGGAUACGAUCAGAUCGAUGUCCACGCUGCCAAGGCUCGCGGAAUCACCGUCUCGCACACCCCUGCCGCUGUCGACGAUGCCACUGCCGACACGGCCAUGUUCCUCGUCCUCUCCAGUCUGCGUCAGUACUACCGAGCCGAAGUCAACGCACGACUUGGCAAGUUCAAAGCCGGUCUCAAACCCGCUCACGAUCCCGAAAACAAGACGCUCGGCAUCAUCGGUAUGGGUGGAAUCGGUUCCGCCCUUGCCAAACGCGCCGCCGCUUUCGACAUGAAGAUCAUCUACCACAACCGAAACCCCAACCCCAACGCCGACCCUUCCUACACCUACAUCUCCUCCCAACAAGAGCUCCUCUCCCAAUCCGACGUCGUCUCCCUCAACCUUCCCCUCAACAAAGACACCGAAAAAUCCUUCGGCAAAACUCAAUUCGAUCAGAUGAAAACCGGUGCCAUUCUCGUCAACACCGCACGUGGCGGCGUCGUCGAUGAAGAAGCCCUCAUCGAUGCCCUCAACUCCGGAAAACUCUCUAGCGCAGGUCUCGAUGUUUACCCAGCAGAACCCAAAAUCGACGAAAGACUCAUCAAGAUGGACCAAUGCAUCUUGUUGCCUCACAUGGGAACCGAGACGGUAGAGACGCAGAAGAAGAUGGAGGUCCAGGUGUUUGGUAGUAUCAAGACGGCGAUUCAGACCGGAAAGCCAAGCUUCAUCGUCAAGGAGCACAAGUAG